AUGCCAGAGUACGGGAAGGCUCGAGCUCGCUUCUUCCCGACGCCGCCCCGGAUGGGGGAGCCGCCGGGGACCUUCUCCGUCGGCGUCGCCGCCGCUGGGAGGCGGCUCUCAAAAGUUCAGAGCCGGCAGACCAGAUGUGGGCCGUCCGGCAAGCCGAAGAUGCCGCCCGAGUCCAAGGACUUCGAGCCGCCACCUGAGGCCACCACAACAAAAACUGCCGGACUACUGGAGGAGCUGGAGAAGGCGUUUGCUCAGACCCACUAUCCGGACGUGUUCACGCGAGAGGACCUCGCCAUGAAGAUCAACCUCACCGAGGCCAGGGUCCAGGUCUGGUUUCAAAACCGACGCGCCAAGUGGCGCAAGGCCGAGCGGCUGCGCAAGGAACGCGAAGAGAAAGACCGCUCGGCGGCCGGAGCAGACGGCGCCUCUGCCGGCGGCGCGGCAACAGAUGCCGCCGGAGGAGGAGCCGGUGACCUGGCCACGGGGAGCGACAACGGCGGGCCCCCGAGCCCGCUCUCGUCGGGGGAAAGGACUGACAAGCCGGGCGUGCAUAGCAGCACCUCGCUGGCCGUGCACGACGAGGACGACGACGACUCUCGAGGGUCGGCGCAGUCAGACUCGGCCGGAAGCGCGGCGGCCGCCGCCUCCUCGACGACCAACGGCGCCGCGCCCUCCCUGCUCGACCCCUCGCGGCUCGCGGCCGACCAGUCGCGGCUCGAGGCUUUCGCCAAGGCUCACGAGGCCGCCAUGGGUUCGUCGCCGUUGCUGGCGGCCGCCGCAGCCGCGGGCAGGGCCCCGCUGUCGCUGCUGCCGCCGCCGCUGAGCGCCGCGUCCCGGUUGGUGCCCUCGUCCGCCUCGUCCGUCAUGGAGCAGCAGCACCCGUUCUUCAAGGACGCCCUGUCGUCUUUCGCGGCUGCGGCCGCUGCGUCGCUGCCGUUGCGAGGCAUGCACCAGCACCCGCUGUUCUCGGCCUUCGCUGACUCGGGCUUAGGUGGGCCGGGCGGUGGACCGCCGGGCGUCGGUGUCAGCGCCGGUGGCGGCGGCGGAUCGGGAGGAGCCACGGGCGCCGCCGGCGGCUGCUCGGCUCCCGACUCGCUGCUGGGUCCGCACGCACGGUUUCCCCUGCCGCCCAUGUACUUCCCGUCGCACCUGUCGGCCCAGUUUGCCGCGGGACACGCCGCUGCAGCAGCAGCCGCCGCAGCCUCGUUCCCGUUCAAGGGCAUGCACCCGCUGUGCGCCUGCUGCGUGGCCAAAACCCACGGCUCGCCGCACCCGGCGCCCGCGCACUCGGCGGCACCGCCCCACCACGCAGCCUCCUCCACCGACAACCACCACGCGGCAGCGGCGCUCAGCCAAUUGGGGGCCGCCGCCGCCGCUGCGAGCGCAGCCGCCGGCGGCAAUGGCGGUGCCGGAGGCGGCAGCGCAGGCGCCAUCAUCACUUCCGGCGCGCCAGCGCUGCCCGGUGCCUCGGGGCGGAACAGCGCCGGUGCUACCGCGAACGGUGGCUCGGACGAGGUCACCACUACCAGCAGCGUGUCCGAGCUGCGGCGCAAGGCCCGCGAGCACUCGCAGGCAGUCAUGCUGCAGUCGGCGGCCAUGCUGAAGCCGCCACCGCCGACUGUUGCGGUCUCGGAGAGCGCCUAGGCAUCGUAUCGUCCACGUAGCGCAUUGCGAGUGUAGCAGUCACGCGGCGCUGGGCGCAUAUUCCGCGUAGCGCAAUGUAGGAUGUACCACUCCUUCCCCCCCCCCCCCUUGCCCUCAUUUUUUUCCCGAACGAGGGAGGAACGCUUUGAUGCGAUAGCACAGAUACGUUCAUAACGUUGCUCGUCCUGUAGUAGACGACAGUCCCUGAUACGUUGAAGGGCUGCUGGCGAAUAGAGACGAUUUCUGUAUUAUAUAGGAAGCGUGCAAACCACUGAGAAGUGGGAAAAUAAAAGAAAAACGUUAUAGUGAGCAGGUAUUAUCGAUUACGUUCUAACGCAGGGACUUUUCGUGUUACAGCAGCGCUAUUUCCUGCAACGCAACCACGUGAGCAGGCAUGUUUCCUCAAGAAAUUGAUCGUCGUCAUUUCAAAUAAUUUCAGCUGAUUUGGUAGUUUUGCAAAACCUAAGCUAGAGAGAGAUAGAAAGAGGAAUACUCAGAAGGGAAGAAAACGACUGAGUUAUAUUACCUGCGAGGACGUUACAUAGACCGUAUAAUGGCACAACAUACUCCUGAGCCGGCAGUUACGUCUAGACAAGUGAACCACGCUAAGCUGUCGCGCAUAGGCGGCGCUACUGAUGUCUGAGAAGAACUAGACUGCGCCCUGCUUUAAUUGGAGACGUAGAACCCAUUGAAGUGCAAGGGGAAAAAGUUAUAAUAACGAAUAUUCUUUUUCCAAGUACCAUUGUGUGGCCGCACGGAUGACCUUCGUUUAGUGAUAACUGUUUUGUGAAAACUACUGUUUCCAAAUACCUCGAAAACAUACGGAGUGCUUCGUCUGGCACGCUGCUGGCGCCGUAUUGUUUGAGGCCCUCGCUUCUUAAGCUACAUCUCUAAACUGACGCACUUCCACUUUGCAGCCUAAAGAAAAUGACGUUUCCUGCAGCGGUCUGAGAGUUGGAACGAGCUCAACGCGGCAAAACGCGACCCUCCCUUCCCCCCGGGCGAGUUCUGAGGGGCCGUGUUAUGUAAGGAUUCUUUUCCCGACCGAUUCUUCUCAUUUAUUAUCAGCAGUCUCGCCUAGUGGCCGAUUCCGGCAGUAGCGGAGACGCGAUUUCACGCGAUUCAAUUACGAAGGGCAAAAUGAAUGGAACAAGAAACCUUACAUAAUACGGGCCCUGAGCAGUGUUCCGUGGGGCCGCAAUCUUUAUCGAUCAUCGCGGGGGAUAGUUUCGCGUUCGAGUUGCUUAACGUUCAACUAGAUAACCUCACUACAACGAAAAAUAUUUAAUGACGUCACGACUUUGUGCUUCCGAUUCUUGCGGAGCACUAAGCAAUGACGCAACUUAGAAGAGAACAGUAAAGAAAAAAACAAAACAAUAGCAACAAGAAAAUAAACAGAUCAAAAUGGUAAUUGUACUAGCCUACGCCCGCGCGCUUUUGUCACGCCCUGCUCCGCUGCUCCGGCCUAGGUUGGCGUGAUGCUCCCUAAACUGGUCGAUCAACAAUGCGGCUCCUUUACUGUUAGCAUCUGGCUGAAUCCGAAUACGGUGUUUGCGGAAGUAGCCUGAUAAUGUGUGUCUGUAUACAUGCGCUCAUCCCCAUCCGUGUGGUAGCGAUUUUUGUUCUAACGUAGGAGGCCCGUUAUGUAGCCACUAUUCGCUAUGUCUCGACCCCCGUUUCCCACCUCCCUUCGAAAUAUGUACAUACGAGCAUGCGGAACGCGACUAUCAGCGACGCAAAAACGUUCUGUACCUUGGCAUGGUUUCACGUUGUAAUUGUAUAGAACUGACAAAAUAAAUUGCUUCG